CCUCCCCCUAGCCAGUGGCAGCUCAGUUGCGGUUGGGCCUUGGAGGUGUCAGCGUCAGUCUUUCGCUCCCCUAUCUGCUAAGCCAUGGCUGUCCGGGCCCCUGCACCGCGGGGCGAUGCCACCGCCGAGAGAUACCUGUUCGUGGACCGGAACCAGGUGGGCAACCCAGCAUCGCAGGCCGACUGGACAGCCAAGCGGCUGGUGUGGGUCCCAUCCGAGCGCCAUGGCUUUGAGGCGGCUGGGUUGCGCGAAGAGCGGGGAGACGAGGUGCUGGUGGAGCUUGCCGAGAAUGGGCGUCAGGUGCUGGUCGCCAAGGACGACAUCCAGAAGAUGAACCCCCCCAAGUUCACCAAGGUGGAGGACAUGGCGGAGCUGACCUGCCUCAACGAAGCUUCGGUGCUGCAUAAUCUCAAGGACCGCUACUACUCGGGCCUCAUCUACACCUAUUCAGGGCUUUUCUGCGUGGUCAUCAACCCUUACAAAAACCUGCCCAUCUACACGGAGCAGAUCGUGGAGAUGUACCGGGGCAAGAAACGGCACGAGAUGCCCCCCCACAUCUAUGCCAUCUCAGAGGCUGCCUACCGGAGCAUGCUGCAGGACCGAGAGGAUCAGUCGAUCUUGUGCACGGGCGAGUCAGGUGCUGGCAAGACAGAGAACACGAAGAAAGUGAUCCAGUAUUUGGCGCACGUGGCUUCGUCCCACAAAGCCCGGAAGGACCACAAUGUGCCGACCUCCAACCUUGCUUCCUACGGUGAACUGGAGCGGCAGCUACUUCAAGCCAACCCUAUCCUGGAGGCCUUCGGCAAUGCAAAAACCGUCAAAAACGACAACUCUUCGCGAUUUGGUAAAUUUAUUCGGAUUAAUUUUGAUGUAGCUGGCUACAUUGUUGGAGCCAAUAUAGAGACAUACCUGCUAGAGAAAUCGCGAGCCAUUCGCCAGGCCAAGGACGAGCGAACCUUCCACAUCUUCUACCAGCUCCUAGUGGGCGCGGGCGAACACGUGAAAGGGGAACUGUUGCUGGAGCCCUUCAAUCAGUAUCGCUUCCUCUCCAACGGGUACCUGCCCAUCCCGGGGCAGCAGGACAAGGAGAUCUUCCACGAGACCAUGGAGUCGAUGCGCAUCAUGGGCUUUUCGCACGAAGAGAUCCAUUGUAUGCUGCGGAUGGUCUCUGCUGUGCUGCAGUUUGGGAACAUUGUCUUCCGUAAGGAGAGAAACACAGACCAGGCUUCCAUGCCUGAUAACACAGCUGCUCAGAAGCUCUGCCAUCUCUUGAGCUUGAACGUCACCGAGUUCACCCGUGCUAUCCUUACCCCGCGCAUCAAGGUUGGCCGAGACUAUGUGCAGAAGGCCCAGACGAAGGAGCAGGCUGACUUUGCCAUUGAAGCGUUGGCCAAAGCCACCUACGAGCGGCUCUUCCGCUGGCUGGUGCAUCGGAUCAACCGGGCCCUGGACCGUACCAAGCGACAGGGGGCAUCUUUCAUCGGCAUUCUGGACAUUGCAGGUUUUGAGAUCUUUCAGCUGAACUCCUUUGAACAGCUCUGCAUCAACUACACCAACGAGAAGCUGCAGCAGCUCUUCAACCACACCAUGUUCGUGCUGGAGCAGGAAGAAUACCAGCGAGAAGGCAUUGAGUGGAACUUCAUCGACUUUGGCCUGGACCUGCAGCCCUGCAUCGACCUCAUUGAGAGACCGGCGAACCCCCCAGGGGUGCUGGCUCUGCUGGAUGAGGAAUGCUGGUUCCCGAAAGCCACCGACAAGAGCUUCGUGGAGAAAGUCUCUCAGGAGCAGGGAACCCACCCCAAGUUCCAGAAGCCCCGGCAGCUGCGGGAUAAAGCCGACUUCUGCAUCAUCCAUUACGCUGGCAAGGUUGACUACAAAGCAGACGAGUGGCUCAUGAAGAACAUGGACCCCUUGAACGACAACGUGGCCACCCUUCUUCACCAGAGCGCGGACCGGUUCACGGCAGAACUGUGGAAAGACGUGGACCGAAUUGUGGGUCUGGACCAAGUGAGUGGAAUGGGAGACCUCACCUUCGGUGCCUCGUACAAGACGAAGAAGGGAAUGUUCCGGACUGUAGGGCAGCUGUACAAGGAGUCUCUCUCCAAACUCAUGUCCACCCUGCGGAACACCAACCCCAACUUUGUGCGCUGCAUCAUCCCCAACCAUGAGAAAAGGGCUGGAAAACUGGAGCCGCACCUCGUAUUGGACCAACUACGCUGCAACGGAGUCCUGGAAGGAAUUCGCAUUUGCCGCCAGGGGUUCCCCAACCGCAUCAUCUUUCAGGAAUUCCGGCAGAGGUACGAGAUCCUGACGCCCAAUGCCAUUCCCAAAGGGUUCAUGGACGGGAAACAAGCCUGCGAACGCAUGAUCAAGGCCUUGGAGCUGGACCCCAACCUCUUCCGCAUUGGCCAGAGUAAGAUCUUCUUCCGGGCGGGCGUUUUGGCUCACCUGGAGGAGGAGCGGGACCUGAAGAUUACGGAUAUUAUCGUGUCUUUCCAGGCAGCCGCCCGGGGAUACUUGGCUCGCAAGGCUUUCAUGAAAAAGCAGCAGCAGAUGAGCGCCCUCAAGGUCAUGCAACGCAACUGUGCAGCCUACCUCAAAUUGCGCCACUGGCAGUGGUGGCGGCUCUUCACCAAGGUGAAACCCCUGUUGCAGGUGACACGACAGGACGAGGUGAUGCAAGCGAAGGCAGUGGAGCUGCAAAAGGUGCAGGAGAAACACACCAAAACCGAAAUGGACCUCAAGGAACUGGAGAACAAAUACCAGCAGCUCUUCGAGGAAAAGUCCAUCCUGGCCGAGCAGCUGCAGGCGGAGACGGAGCUGUUUGCCGAAGCCGAGGAGAUGCGGGCGCGGCUGGCGGCUCGGAAGCAAGAGCUGGAGGACAUCCUGCACGAGCUGGAGUCGCGGGUGGAGGAGGAGGAGGAGCGGUGCCAGUUGCUGCAGGGGGACAAGAAGAAGAUGCAGCAGCACGUUCAGGAUCUUGAAGAGCAGCUGGAGGAGGAGGAGGCCGCCCGGCAGAAGCUGCAGCUGGAGAAAGUGAGCACAGAAGCCAAGCUGAAGAAAAUGGAGGAAGACCUGCUGGUGCUCGAAGACCAAAACUCGAAGUUGCACAAAGAGAGGAAGCUGACGGAGGAACGUCUCUCAGAAUUCACCUCCCACAUGGCUGAGGAGGAGGAGAAGGUGAAGAGCCUGUCCAAACUGCGCAACAAAUACGAGGCGGUCAUGGCUGACAUGGAAGAUCGGCUGAAGAAGGAAGAAAAGGGGCGGCAGGAGCUGGAGAAGCUGAAGCGCAAGUUGGACGGGGAGGCGGGGGACCUGCAGGAGCAGGUUGCGGAGCUGCAGCAGCAGCUGGAGGAGCUGCGCCAGGCCCUGGCAAGGAAGGAGGCCGAGCUGCAGGCGGCGCUGGGCAGGGUGGAGGAAGAAGCGGCCCAGAAGAACGCGGUGCUGAAGUCCCUGCGGGAGCUGCAGGCACAGCUGGCCGAGCUGCAGGAGGACAUGGAGUCAGAGAAGGUGGCGCGUGCCAAGGCCGAGAAGCAGCGGCGCGACCUGGGCGAGGAGCUGGAGGCGCUGAAGACGGAGCUGGAGGACACGCUGGACUCGACGGCCGCCCAGCAAGAGCUCCGGUCAAAGCGGGAGCAGGAAGUGACCGAGCUCAAGAAGACCAUUGAAGAGGAGGUCAAAGUACACGAAGCGCAGGUGGUGGAGAUGCGCCAGCGCCACACCACCGCCCUGGAGGACCUGUCGGAACAGCUGGAGCAAUCCCGACGGUUCAGAGUUACCCUGGAGAAGACCAAGCAAGCCCUGGAAGGGGAGAAUGCUGAGAUGCAGAAGGAGCUGAAAGUCCUACAAGGGACCAAGCUGGAGUCGGAGCAGCGGCGCAAGAAGCUGGAGAGUCAAGUCCAGGAGCUGCAGCUCCGGACGGCGGAGAGUGAAAGAGUGAAGACGGAGCUCACAGAGAGGCUGGUGAAGCUGCAGAAUGAGCUUGACGGAGUCUCCGGUACCCUCGGAAGUGCGGAGUCCAAGACGAUAAAGCUUACCAAAGACCUGGCCAGCGUAGAAUCCCACCUGCAAGAUGCUCAGGAACUGCUCCAGGAAGAGACGCGGCAGAAGUUGAACCUGAGCUCGCGGGCCCGGCAGCUGGAGGAGGAAAAGGGAGCUCUUCUAGAGCAGCUGGAAGAAGAGGAAGCUUCCAAGGCCAACUUCAACCGCCAGAUCCAAACCCUGCAGCAGCAGGUGAUGGAGACCAAGAAGAAACUGGAGGAGGAUGCAGGCAUAGCAGAGGCGCUGGAGGAAGCCCGCCGCCGGGCAGCCAAGGAUCUGGAGGCGCUCUCCAUGCGCUACGAGGAGCGCGUCCAGGCCUGUGACAAGCUGGAGAAAGGGCGGACCCGGCUGCAGCAGGAGCUGGACGAUAUCACCGUAGCCCUGGACCAGCAGCGCCAGGUGGUCUCGGCCCUCGAGAAGAAGCAGAAGAAAUUCGACCAGAUGUUGGCUGAGGAGAAGCUGAUCUCUGCCCGCCACGCCGAAGAGAGGGACCGCGCGGAAGCCGACACCCGGGAGAAAGAGACCAAAGUGCUGUCUCUGAGCCGUGCCCUGGAGGAGGCGCUAGAGGCCCGGGAGGAGCUGGAGAGGCAGAACAAACAGCUACGGGCCGAGAUGGACGACCUGGUCAGCUCCAAGGACGACGUCGGCAAGAACGUGCACGAGCUGGAGCGCUCCAAGCGGGCCUUGGAGCAACAAGUGCAGGAGAUGCGAGCCCAGCUGGAGGAGCUGGAAGAUGAGCUCCAGGCCACGGAAGACGGGAAGCUGCGCUUGGAGGUCAACAUGCAGGCCCUGAAGGCGCAGCACGAGCGGGAGCUGCAGAGCCGUGACGACAGCAACGACGACAAAAAGAAGCUGCUGAGCAAGCAGGUACGGGAGUUGGAGGCGGAGCUGGACGCCGAGAGGAAGCAACGGGCCCAGGCGCUCGCCGCCCGGAAGAAGCUGGAGCUCGACCUCCAGGAGGCGCUGGCCCAGCUGGAUGCCGCCAACAAGGGGCGCGACGAGGCAGGGAAACAGCUGCGCAAGCUGCAGGCCCAGAUGAAGGAGCUCUGGCGGGAAGUAGAGGAAACCCGGGCAGCCCGCGAGGAGAUUUUCAUCCAGUCCCGUGAGAGUGAGAAGAAGCUGAAGAAUCUGGAGGCAGAGUUGCUGCAACUGCAGGAGGAUCUGGCAGCGUCGGAGCGAGCCAAGAGGCAGGCGCAGCAGGAGCGGGAUGACCUGGCGGAUGAGCUGGUCAACGGGAACAGUGGCAAAUCAGCCCUUUUGGAUGAAAAACGCCACCUGGAAGCACGAAUCGGACAGCUGGAGGAGGAGCUGGAUGAGGAGCAAAGCAACAUGGAGCUCAUGAACGACCGAUACCGCAAGCUCAGCAUGCAGGUAGAGACAAUCACCACGGAAUUGGCGGCUGAGCGCAGCUUCUCGCAGAAGACGGAGAACGCUCGUCAGCAGCUGGAGCGCCAGAACAAGGACCUGCGGGCCAAGCUGGGGGAGAUGGACUCGUCCGUCAAGUCCAAAUACAAGAUGGCCAUUGCCACUCUGGAGUCCAAGGUGGCCCAGCUGGAGGAGCAGCUGGAGCAGGAGUCCAGGGAGAGGAUCCUGUCGGGGAAACUUGUGCGGAGGGCAGAGAAGAAACUCAAGGAGGUGAUCCUGCAGGUGGAUGAAGAGAGGAGGAAUGCGGAUCAGUUCAAAGAUCAGGUUGAGAAGGGCCACAUGCGGCUGAAGCAGCUAAAGCGGCAGCUGGAGGAGGCCGAGGAGGAAGCCUCGCGGGCCAAUACUAGCCGCCGCCGCAUGCAGCGCGAACUGGAGGACGUCACCGAGUCAGCCGAGUCCAUGAACCGGGAGGUCACCAGCCUACGGAACCGCCUCAGCAAGUUAGAACGCCGGCAGCGGAAACGCACACCUCUGACCUUCACCACCCGAACCGUGCGGCAGGUUUUCCGCCUGGACGGUGUCUCGGAUGAAGAGAUGGAGGACCCGGAGAGCGACUCCCCUUCUGCGAACCACCAGCCCCUGACGCCCUCUCAGGGGCAGCAGCCGGCGUUCCCCGCUGAUCAGCCAGCCCAGACUGAAUGAGGAGGGGUUGGGAGGGGGACGAAACCCCAGGUGGGUG